AGCAGCAGAAGAAGUUCCCAGGUGGGGAGCCGAGGAGAGAAGCAGCAGGAAGAGGGGGUUCAGAGACCCACGAUCUGCCUGUCUCCUUUCCGCAAGCCAUGUUUAUCACAGUGAUGUUUGGAGCUGAUUGUCGCAUGCUAGUGAACUCCUGGUGCAGCCUGGUGACCUUCAUUGUGCAUCUGAAACAGAAGGCUCAGGUGCCCCCAGAAGCAACCAUUGCUCUCCUGGCUGAAGACGGGCAUCUGAUGAGGCUGGAAGAGGGGAUGGUCCAGGCCCCUUCCAUGGCCUGUUCCCUCCUGCAGCAGCAAGGGACCUAUGUCCUGGUACAGAUCAUUAGAGGACAAGAUGGGGCUCCCACCCACUAUGAGUCUCUAUUGGACAACCUAGAUGACCAAUACCCAGAGUUAGCAGAGGAGCUUUGCUGGCUCUCCGGCUUGCCAGGCACAAGCCACAGUCAGAGAAGACGCACAGGCAUUCGGCAUGGCCACCGGGAACAAGGUCCCCCUUCAAGGUCUCGGAGGGUGGCCUCCCUCCCAUCAAGAAACCGCUAG